AAUUGGGGGCGGGGGUGGAGGAGAAGGAAGGAUAUUGAUCGCAGUCGGCCUCUUGCAAUUUUCGAGCGUCAGAAGGACUAUGGCGGGCGACGGCUUGAAGUGGGAUGGAUUGCUCAAGUGGAGCCUCGCCCAUGCCGAUGGGACUCGCCCUCCUCGAAACUUGAGCGAGGAGGAUAGGAAGUGGUUCAUGGAAGCGAUGCAAGCGCAGACCGUCGACGUGGUUAAGCGAAUGAAGGAGAUUACUUCUGUCAUGAAAACCCCGGAGGAUGUUUUGGAGGCGCAGGGAGUCAAGCCGGAGGAUAUCGUAGAAAUGUUGGAUGAGCUUCAAGAGCAUGUUGAGUCUAUUGAUAUGGCAAAUGAUUUGCACUCAAUUGGUGGUUUAGUCCCUCUGCUUGGUUACCUUAAAAACUCUGAUUCUGGUAUUCGAGCAAAGGCUGCAGAUGUUGUAACUACCAUUGUGCAGAACAAUCCCCGCAGUCAGCAACUUGUGAUGGAAGCCAGUGGUCUUGAGCCUCUCAUGUCAAAUUUUACAUUGGAUCCUGAUUUAGCUGUUCGCACAAAAGCUCUUGGUGCUAUAUCAUCUCUGAUUCGAAACAACAAGGCUGGAAUUGCUGCAUUUCGUCUAGCAAAUGGUUAUGCUGGGCUCAGAGAUGCAUUGAGUUCGGACAAUGUUAGAUUUCAAAGGAAGGCACUUAACUUGAUUCAGUACCUGCUUAAGGAGAACAAUUUGGAUUGCAAUAUUGUUACAGAACUUGGGCUUCCACGGCUCAUGGUGCAUCUGGUCUCCAGUGAUGACUCGAAUGUGCGAGAAGCCGCUCUAGGUGGCCUUCUGGAGCUUGCACGGGACCGGACAUCUGGAAGCAGCACCGUGCUAGCCGAAGAAGAUAAGCUGAAACAAAUCCUUGAGAACCGUAUCGAGAAUAUCAGCUCAAUGUCAGCCGAAGAUCUUGGAGCUGCUAGGGAGGAGAGGCAACUCGUCGAUUCCCUCUGGAGCACAUGUUACAAUGAGCCAUCGUCCCUCCGAGAGAAGGGUCUGAUGGUGCUUCCGGGUGAGGAGGCGCCCCAGCCUCCGCCUGAUGUCGCGGGCAAAUUUUUUGAGCCACCAUUACGUGCUUGGGCAGCAUCAAAACAACUACAAAAAGGGGGCUCAAAUUCAGCUGAAGAUAAGAAGCAAGCGAAGCCGCUGCUGCUGGGCCUCGGCCCGGUAGGUUCAAGUUUGAGUUCCAACCAAGAGCAACAGAAUCCCAACUGAGGUGGUGGAAGGGCCAGUUUUAAUCGGCAGGAGGGAGUAGUGUCAUUGCUUCCUAGUCUCUGUUCUCUUGUACUUCUAGUCAUGUUUCUUUCCAUAAUCGUCUGUUAUGUUUUGGCAAGGCAGAUUCGAGUUUCUCUAACACAUUUUCCCAUUACCUAAAUCAUGGUUCCAACUAAAUAACAAAGUAGAAGGUUGUGCUUGUAUGAUCAGUGGGGAGGGAAACAUCGAUGACAGCUUUGCUCACCGAGAUGAUUUUGGUGCCACAUUUUGUUCCAACUAAUACCACUCCUCUCUCUACUAAAUGGAGUGUUAAUCCUAUGUACCCUCAUUUUUACAUGUAUUUAUUCAAACCCAUUAUUGAUUGGCUUGCCA